AUGUAUCGGGGCUCCUUCGCACCGCCGCCCGCGCAGUCGCCGCCUCUUCACCACCCCGUCCCGCAGCAUGUGUCGACCGUGCCCAUGAUGCGCUCACCACCCCCACCCACUUCUCAACAAACACCCAAUGCCGGAUAUGGAGGUAACCCCUACCAGUCGUCGCCUGCUCAGGGUGGUAACCCAAACUACGCUGGUGGCCCCGGUGGCCCUGGUUUUGGUCAGUUCAUGACCGACCCAACCGCCCAGAUGGGGUUCCAGGUUGGCAAGAGUGCGAUGAUGGCAGGACAGGAGUAUAUGGAGAGUAAUUUCAAUCGCUACGUUUCCAUACCAGCCCUGAAGCACUACUUCAACGUCUCCAACUCCUACGUCCUGAAUAAGCUCGUCUUGGUUCUAUUUCCCUGGCGACACAAGCCCUGGUCUCGUCAGCAAGCCCGCAUGCCAGCUUCUGCUGGCCCCGACGGCCAGAUCACACAGCAACAAUACUCAUCCAUGUUUCUGCCCCCGCGAGACGAUCUUAACUCGCCCGACAUGUACAUCCCAGUCAUGGCUUUGGUCACCUAUAUUCUUCUCUCCGUAUUACUGGCUGGAUUCCGAGGCAACUUCCAUCCGGAGUUGUUGGGCUCGAUUACCACCACAGCCAUCGGUGUGAUGCUUUUCGAGAUUGUUUGCUUGAAGUUGGCCAUGUACAUCCUCAGCAUCAACAAUGAAUCUCAGCUGCUGGAUCUCGUGGCGUAUUCGGGAUAUAAAUUUGUCGGCAUUAUUGCUACGCUUGUCGCUUCAGAGAUCCUGACACCUGGCCGAGGAACUGGAGGCUGGGUCGGUUGGACGGUCUUUGCGUACACCUUUUCGGCGAAUGCGUUCUUCUUGCUCCGUUCGUUGAAGUACGUCUUACUGCCAGAUUCGGCCGAAUCUACUAUGCAGACCGGCAUGCACACUGUUGCUCGGGGACAGCGUACCCGCCGCACGCAGUUCUUGUUUGUCUACUCGUAUAUCAUCCAGUUCGUCUUCAUGUGGGUUCUCAGCCGUGAGGGCCCAUCGGCGUUGGCAUCGAAGACAAGCUCUUGA